GGUCACCAAGUCCGCUCACAGACACCAACCGGAUGGCUUCCCGCGCCGCCGCCGCCGCCGCCGAGGUCGCCAUCGAGCUCCUGCCCUUCAUCCGCCUCUACAAGAGCGGCCGCGUCGAGCGCCUCAUCGACAACGGCACGGCCCCGGCCUCCCUCCACGACGCUGCCACCGGCGUGGCCUCCAAGGACGUCAACAUCGACCCCGCCGCCGGCGUCUCCGCCCGCCUGUACCUGCCGCCCGCGGCCGGCGCCGGCGCCAAGCUGCCCAUCGUCGUGUACUUCCACGGCGGCGGCUUCAUGGUCGAGUCGGCCGAAUCCGUCCCGUACCACCGCUACCUCAACGCCCUCGCCGCGCGCGCCGGCGCCGUCGCGGUGUCCGUGGACUACCCCCGCGUGCCCGAGCACCGGCUCCCCGCGGCCUACGACGACUCGUGGGCGGCGCUCGCGUGGGCCGUCGCCGCCGCCUGCGGCUCCGCGGCCGCGCCGGAGCCGGAGCCGUGGCUGGCCGAGCAUGGCGACCCCGCCCGCGUGUUCCUGGCCGGGGACAGCGCGGGCGCCAACAUCGCGCACGACGUCGCCAUGCGCGCCGCCGCCGAGGGGCGCCCGGCGAUCCGGGGCGUCCUGCUGGUGCACCCCUACUUCUGGGACGCGUCGGGCGCCAUGGGCCCCGAGCUGGAGGAGCGCAUCCGUCGCGAGUGGCGGUUCGUGACCGGGGAUCCCGACGCCCGGAUGGACGACCCGCGGCUGUCCCCGACGUCCGCGGCGGCGCCGCCGCUGGCGCUGCUGCCGGCCGCGCGCGUGCUGGUGGCCGUGGCGGGGGCGGACUUCCUGGCGCCGAAGGGGCGCGCGUACCACGCGGCGCUGCUGGCCAGUGGGUGGCGCGGCGUGGCCGAGCUGGAGGAUACUCCGGGGGAGGACCACGUCUUCCCCCUCCGGCAGCCGGGGACGGCGGUGGCCGAGGCGUUGAUGGAUCGUGUGGUGGCUUUCGUUGCUAGUGCUUGAUUGCACGGCUGAUCCCGAUGCAAACUUGAGUGCUUCGUGCCACUGUAGAUCAGGAAUAAAAGAGUUGCCUUUCCUUGUCAAAAGAAACAAGAAAAAAAAAGAGUUGCCUCUUCUGCUUUGAAGAUGGAGAUGGCCGAUGCGCAUGCAUUAGAGCAAAGCUAAUAAUUUAGGCUAUUAUUGGCUGUAAGACUUUUUGCAUCUCAUUUUUCAGUCCACUUGUAUAGUGAUUUAGCUCCUCACCAUUAAUAUAUGGUCCACU